AUGGGUAAUGUGGCAGACAAAAGUACUGCUUGUAUUCGAAGGCUUCAUUCAGAUGGUGGCAAGUUCUUGAAACUGAAAUUCAGAAGUCAAAGCAAUGUUAUCUCAAUUGGCGCAAAGGAAUUUGACUCUGGCCACCAUUUGUCUCCGUUGUUGCCACCCGACUACUUCAAUAACAUCUAUGUGCGGCAGUUUGCAUGCAAUGGGAAGGGACUAGAGGAUUCGAACGAGGCCCGUACCAUCUACACAACCAUGAAAAGGUGGUCCAAGAAUCAGUGUCAAUUUGUGGAGGGUGGCUUGAUUACACCUGGCAGAUGGUGGAAUCGUCCGUACUUGUACACUCCAAGGGAUGGGGAAAUGCUCGAGGUCAGGUUGAAGGUUUUUAAUUGCAAAGAUCAGAAGUAUGCCAACUCAUCGAUUAAGGUGUGGCGUCUCCCAACGGGUGAUUUGCACAACAAAAGUCUACGUCUUGGACGUUUGACUGGGAAGCAUGCCACUGGUGAAGUUAGGACCAAUCGUCAUGGAGAAUGUGGUGCAAUGUGGGCUGUUGGUCUCAGAAAUAGCAAUGGGGAGGAAUACAUCUCUAGCAACGUGGAUCGAAUUAGGAUGGUAAGGCAGGCGUUCACCGAGGCAUUGUGGAGCUAUGCAAAACAGGUGGACGACAAUGGCAACAUGCUCCAUGUUUUAAAGCAGAUCAGUGAAAGUCAGACUUCCAUGGCAGUGAAUGGGAGAUUUGGUAUUGCAAAGGCCACCGGUUUGUGCACUGUUGCAGUUAGCCAAAAUCUGUGCAACUCCCCACACUACGAUCUCGACUUGUCAAAAUCGUUGGCAGUGUUUGUGUCCGAACCAGUGUCAAAUGGUCUUCUGUUGGGAAAACACUGUUUUGUAUUCCCAAAUGUUGAGAUAAACGGUGUGAAGGGUCUUGUGAUUGAUCUCAGGGAGGGUGCCAUGAUUGAAUGGGAUGGUAGGUUUGAUUUCCAUUGCAGCUCGUGUGAUGUUGAAAGAUCUGGUCUGGUGCAUAAUUAUGGUCUCAUGGUUGGCAAUAUGCCAGAGGACACUGCAAGUCCAACUGCUUUGCAAGAAGCAAUCACCACUACUUGUGUUAUUGAUGCACACAAAGGUAGAGAUGUAAUGGACAUGCCUAACGCUUUCAUUCAAACUUAUAUGCCUGAAGCUAAGGAGGGAGAAGAUCGUAUCUACAUGAAAAUCACUGGCAUGAUGGUCCAGAUAUUGAUUGACAUGGCCCCAGAGUAUUGCAAAUACGUUGUAUUAGAGAACGGAAAGCGAGUAAUCUAUGUGCGGGUACUACGUGCUAUAUAUGGGAUGUUACAAUCAAGCCUCCUAUUCUAUAAUCAGCUUUGA